AUGAAAAUCGUUUCAUGGAAUGUGAAUGGGCUGCGGGCGAUCGUGAAGAAGCUGCCAUCGGGGCUGGGCGCCUUCUUCAAGGACAUCGGGGCCGACAUUAUAUGCUUGCAGGAGUCCAAGAUCACAGAGAAGAUGCUGACAGACGAUCUCACCCAGAUUCCCGGCUACGAGGCCUUCUUCGCCACCUGCAAGAUGAAACAGGGCUACUCGGGCGUCUGCACAUACGCACGCGAGGGGAUCACGCUCGAUGCCAAAGAGGGACUUGGCGUAGUCAAGGAGAUGGACGACGAGGGUCGGGUGAUGGUGACGGACCACGGCACCUUCGUGCUGCUCAACAUUUACUUCCCUAACGGUGGGCGCGGCGGCGAUCGGCUCACCUUCAAGAGCGACUUCCAGGACGAGGUGCAGAAGUACUGCUCCGAAUUGAGGAGGCAGGACCGGCAUGUGAUCGUGUUGGGGGAUGUAAAUAUCGCACACACGGAACUCGACAUCUACAAUUCUGACGAUCCCGACAUUAACGAGCACAGCGGGUUCUUGCCAGAGGAGCGCAAGUGGUUGAGCGGUUUCCUCGAGAGUGGGUUCGUCGACACUUUCCGAGAGCGCCACCCCGGCGAAGGCGGGCACUACACCUGGUGGUCCCCGCGCUCGGGUGCGAACUACUCCCUUUCCAGAUGA